AUGCCUCUGGUCGAACUCAUAUCCUCGUUUGUUAGCAAGCAAGACUCCAUAUACGACAUCUUUGUAGAAGCGUGGUUUGAGCUGAAAGAAGGUCGCAACAUACAGAAUAGCAUCACAACUAUACAUGAAUGCCUCAAAAACGAGCAAGCCAGGAACAGGCAUUACAGAUGUCUUGAGUACAUCAUAGACAAUAACAUACUUUAUUUUGUGUACAAGCUCGGAAGUGUUGAGCAUAAGCACGUAGCAAUUGACUUUCUGGCAAAGAUCAUGCUGUUGAUUUCAUAUGACCAGUUCAUGAGGUUGCAAAGUUUCUUCGACAUGCUUUUUACAUCCAGGACAUCCGAUGAGCUGCCACUGGCAUUGGUGUAUUGUGAGCGAGCAGUGGUUUUUGGGCUCAAGCCAAGACAUGUGCUAAUCAAUUACAUCCUCAGAUUCUUUUUCAGUAGCGGCACUUCAGGUGAGCAUGCCAGAGCAUGCAUUGUGUACAUGGUCUCCUGCAAAGACGUAUACGACAUGCUCAGACCCAUUCACUUCAUCGAGACUGUAGUUGCGAAAGCAAACGAAAUAUACACUGAUGACCGCUUCGAUGCGUAUGCUCCACUGUAUGCAUCACUUCUGCAAUUUAUUUCGUACUACUCAAAGAAGGAAAUGGACAUGCAUAGCAGGAUGAAUGCAGCAUCAGGCAUCAGGUCAUGCAUCAAAGUAUGCCAUGCGAAAUACACGUGCCAUAAAUCAGCAGCAAGCCCCAUUCUUCAUACAUUUGUGCAAAACGAGGGAUUGCUGCAGCCAUGUGAUAUCCUGGGCUUGCUUAAGUUUCCAUACAUUCACUCAAUCAGCACGUACAUACAAAUCUUGCAGAAUACAGGAUCAUCGAGCAUCAAGGCACAAAUAAUCGAUUCUGUCAUCAAAAACAUACAGAACACAAACGAACACAUGCUGUUUAUAAGGUAUUGUGUGGAGACACAUCCAAGACUUAUUGCACCAUACCUGGUCGGAAGAUGCAGCGGAGACUGGUCUGCAAUUGAAAUAUUGCAGGUCAUGCAUGGCAUUGGCCAUCAGCAGCAGACAGUAAAAGUGCCGCAUGUAUGCCAUGUAAAACGCAACAAGACAUCAAUCCUCAUGUUUCUUAUCGAGAACAACAUUUGUGACGAGUUGACUUUUCUUUUUGUCUGGAUGGUGUCCCGAGAGACAUUCUACUCACACUUCGGCCACAUCAGAGAAAUGUUUGAUGGGCAUGAGACAUUUUGGAUCAAUCUAAAGGGCUUGAUUCUCAACUAG